AUGGCUACAUUCACACCAUACACAGAUUAUUCAUCAACUACAGGGGGUGGUUUUGACAGCAGUGAUAAAAUACAUUCCUCCGAUGGCUCUGAAGCUAUCAAUCGUAAUAAUUCUUUAACACCUGUCACAAUCAAACAAAUUACAGAAUCUAAGCAAUUGGUUCAAGAUGGCCCUUUUGUUAUCCAUAACCAAGAAUUAAAUCAUAUAUCUUUUGUGGGUGUCGUGAGAAACAUUACUGAUCAUACUUCAAACAUCUUUCUAACUAUUGAAGAUGGUACUGGCCAAAUUGAUGUAAGAAAGUGGAGUGAUGAUAGUAAUGAUAUUUCUACCAGUCAAGAUGAUUCAGAAAAGGCAGGUAAUUCUCAAAUAGCUCAACAAUAUAAAGUAGGCAGUUAUGUUAAGGUUCACGGUGCUUUAAAAGAAUUUGGUGGCAAAAAAAACGUACAAUAUGCUGUAAUUAGGACUGUUGACUCUUUUAAUGAAGUAAUUACCCAUCAUUUAGAAGUUAUAAAAUGUCAUGCUAUUGCAAUGGGAAAAAUGCAAAAUCCAUCAGGUGAGGCUGUUAAAGACACCCAAGAAGAAGGUAAAUCAUUAUUCGUUUCAGAAAAUUCAAAUAGUGGUGACACAGCCCAAGAAGUCUUGGCUUUCUGUAGAAAGAAGUGUGAAGGUCAAGAUGCAAACCAAUUUGCUGUGCCAACAGCUUUAAUUGCACAAUCCUUAAAUAUUAGUGAAGAUCAAGCCAGACGAUGCUGUACACAAUUAAUCGAGCAGGGUUACAUAUAUCCUACAUUUGAUGAUGAUCAUUAUUUCGCUUUAUGA